UGGCUUUGACGUCAGCCCUUGGUUUUUCUGGUCGGGCUAAAUGAUACCAAAAUUAAUUAAGGGGAGCCCCGUUUCCCCCAUGUGAUGAUCGUCCGACCAGCGUCCGCCCAAGCUUCGGCGCUGCCGCCCGUUUGUUUCCUCUAACGGCCCGUGGAUCCCAAGGGGUCCAGGCCUAGCUUGGCUGUCUGCCGUUCUCGGUCGGAUGGAUACGGUCUGCGUCGGUACAUUCCAGUCCCUCUCCUUCGCCUCGCCCUUAGGACCUGUCACCCUCCUCGCCGUUCCUGUCCAUCGCCCGGCGCGCACACAACUGUUCGCGACAGACCACACGCCGCCGCCCGUCCCCCGUCCUGCGCGAUAACCCUCACCAUGGCUACCACCCUCCGCCGGCGCGCCCUCAGGCAGGAAGAGACACCGUCCUCGUCACCGUCCCCGACCCCCACCGAUACCCCCAGAGAUGUCAGCCCGGCGCCGCUACAGCCCGCAAAGGACAAGCCCAAGACGGCGGUGCACCUCAAGCCGCGCACGCGCAAGCGCCGCAACACCUUCAUCUUCUUGCUGGGCAGCUUGUCAGGCAUCAUCGCGGCCGGCUUCUUCGCAAAAACGAACGACCUCAUAGACUUCCCCGAGAUUGGGGACUUGAGCGUCGACAACCUGUUGGACGUCCUGCCUGCCGGCCUUGUUAGGGAUAUGAAGGACCUGGUCAGAGGCGAAAGAGAAUUCGUCGACAGCUACGAGUCCUUUUCGGUCGGCACCAAGGCCAGGCUCGACGGCCUGGAGGCCCACCACCCAAUAGUCAUGGUGCCUGGUGUCAUCUCGACCGGCCUCGAGUCCUGGGGCACCGCAAACGUGUCGCGCCCCUACUUCCGUAAGCGCCUGUGGGGCAGCUGGACCAUGAUGAGGGCUCUCGUCAUGGACAAGGAGAUAUGGAAGAAGCACAUCAUGCUCGACAAGCAGACGGGCCUGGACCCGCCCGGCAUCAAGCUGCGCGCCGCCCAGGGCUUCGACGCCACCGACUUCUUCAUCACGGGCUACUGGAUCUGGAGCAAGAUCCUCGAGAACCUUGCGUCGCUGGGCUACGACCCUACCAACUCGCUUACCGCCGCCUACGACUGGCGGCUAUCGUACCCGAACCUCGAGACCCGCGACCAGUACUUUACGCGCCUGAUGAUGUACAUCGAGACGUCGGUGCAGGCGACGGGCCGCAAGGCCGUGCUCGUGUCGCACAGCAUGGGUAGCCAGGUCAUCUUCUACUUCUUCCACUGGGUCGCCUCGCAAAAGGGCGGCCGGGGCGGCGACGACUGGGUGGACCGCCACGUCGAGUCGUGGAUCAACGUGAGCGGCUGCAUGCUGGGCGCCGUCAAGGACCUGGCCGCCGUGCUGUCGGGCGAGAUGCGCGACACGGCCCAGCUCAACGCUUUUGCCGUCUACGGGCUCGAGAAGUUCCUUAGCAAGGAGGAGCGAGCCGAGAUCUUCCGCGCCAUGCCGGGGCUCUCCUCCAUGCUCCCGCUCGGCGGCGACGCCGUCUGGGGCAACUCGACCUGGGCGCCCGAUGACCUGCCCGGCCAGGACAGCACGUUUGGGCAGGUGCUCCACUUCCGCCGGGGCCAGAACUGGACCACGCCGACACCCGAGCGCAACCUGACGGUCGACAACGCCAUGAAGUACCUCUUCGACACAACCGAGGACUGGUACGUGCGCGCGGUAAAGGGCAGCUACUCGCACGGUGUCGCGCACACAAGGGAGGAGGUCGAAGCCAACGAGGACGACCCGACCAAGUGGAUCAACCCGCUGGAAACGCGGCUGCCGCUGGCGCCCAACUUCAAGGUGUUCUGCUUCUACGGCGUGGGCAAGCCGACGGAGCGGGCCUACUACUACCGGUCGCCCGAGUUCCCGUCGCUGACCAACCUCAACGUCACCAUCGACACGGGCCUGACCCAGGGGGACAUCGACCACGGCGUCAUCCUGGGCGAGGGCGACGGGACCGUCAACCUGCUGAGCUCGGGCUACAUGUGCAACCGCGGCUGGAAGUACAAGCGCUACAACCCGGCCGGCGUCAAGGUGACGGUCGUCGAGAUGCCGCACGAACCUGAGCGCUUCAACCCCAGGGGCGGGCCGCACACGGCCGACCAUGUCGACAUUCUGGGGCGCCAGAUGCUCAAUGAGCUCAUACUGCGCGUCGCCGCGGGCAAGGGCGAUACUAUUGUCGAUAAUGUCGUCAGUAAUAUCCGGGAGUACGCUGAAAAGGUCAAGGUGUAUGACGACUAGCGUCUUGUCCGUGGCCCGCGUUUGUUUUCUUGUGUUUUUGGCAGCUACAUUGUCGUAUAUCCCCCUAGAUAUGAUUCCAUUUUUGUGUUUUUGGACUCUCAGGUGUGGCCUGAUGGGAAGCGGAACUGGAGUCGGCGUUUAGAAGGAUGGCUCCAGAGCGGUUAGUUGCAAAUAAUGACCACCGAUAUCUCUUAGCUUUUGUUAGCUUCUAAAGUUUACAAGGGGUUUAUUGGCUAGGUUUGCUGUUGUGUAGCUAGAGUCAUUGUGGCUAGGUAUUGUUACAGUCGAAAUAUCCGUUAUUGGAUGCAUAACUCAGCGGCGGUUAGUCUUGGUCAUCCCAAAAGCCUUGUACCUGAGUCAGCAUACCCCUGAGCC